UUGACCGCACAACAUCUACCGUUCGUUUUAUUUCGCGCCGACUGCAGAUCGAGUUCGUCGCUUGGUGUUUCAGUCUUCGCGUAUAUCUGUCGUAUUCCUGUGCGUUCGACACGUGGUUGAUCGUUCUGUGAUUGACGCAUUUAGCCGUGAUAAAAAGUGGUACGUUUUGCAUUCUCUGCGCUCAGCAGGCUAAGCUUCUGGGUUGAAACUUAUGGAGUGAAGAAUGUCAACAAGAACUAGUUUUUUUGUGAAACUUACGUGACAAGCAUAAAUACGGGCGACGUAUAGAAGGAACAAGAAACUGCAGUACGUUUAGAUUGAAAAUCUGUGGAUAUAGGCAAUAACGGAUCAUCCGAAGGAAGAGAUAUAAACUACGUGGAUUUUUUUUUUUUAGAAUCGAACUGAUAAAAAUAGUAAAAAAGUGCAAUCACAUCGCUCAACAGACGGUGUCGAUUGUAUGGGAAACGAGAUCAUUAGGAAUUUUCCCGACAAUCGAGAAUAGUCAUUUUCGAUUUUAAUUACUUCUUUUGCCCGGUUGUGAUUGGUUAGAGUCCGGUUCUGAAAUGCUGCGAUCCCCGAACAGGGCAAAGAAUUUCGUUAUGCUAACGUUGAUGUUGCUGGUGUCGAUCGUCGGUGUUAGCAUAACGGAAAGUGCGAGUAUGAUUCCGACCAAAGCAAAACUCGACGAGAAACGUGGCGGUAGAAAACCUUCUUUCACCACCUACGACCAGCGGCAGAGCGGGAAGUAUAACAUUCACGUCAAUAUCAAAGAUGUGCAAAUUAUUGCGGUCGACGGUGAGAAAUUCAAUGGAGAAUUUGGGGACGACACGAUUUAUGAUUAUGGAGACUACGAUUAUGACCCUUCACAUUUGACCGUUAGUCCGUUCCCAAUUUUCGGUGGAUCAGCAACAACAAAACCACCAAAGUCUACCACCAAAGCACCGGUGGCGAUUACAUCGACCAAACGUACGACGACUAAAACUACCGCUGGCAGUGCUAAGCCGAUUGUAGAUGAGGAACUUUCGAUCAAGCCCCAAACUGACACAGUUAAUGACACAUCCUCCAUGGAAGCUGCUUCACCCGUGCAAGACGAUAACUCCACCUACAUAAUGGCGGCACCAAUGGCAACCACUCCGCCGCCAAGCAAUAUAUACAUUUUCAAACCAACGCCCAACUACCAUCCGAAUCCGGUUCAUUACGAUUACCAGGAAAUCCCUGUCGAGGUCAUUGUUGAACCCGUCCUUAAACCCAAAUACCGCAACUCUAAUUCACGCAUUAUGGCUAAUCGACGCAACCGUCAUCGUAAAAAUCCCGCAGCUCGGGAAUCCAUCGAUUCAAUGGCGCGUCAUCGUCAGUCAGAUAUUGAAGCCCUGCCCAGUAACGGCGAAGCACGCAUGGAUUCACCUUCCCUAGCGGCAACCCCAUGCUCCAAGGGUGAGCAUCGCGACCGAACCGGCAAAUGUCGAGUGCGAAUGCCUGGAAUACAGUUCCAAGCUGAUUAGAAUGCUGACUACCUUCCGGGAGAAGGACGACUGAGAAGGCAAACUUUAACGAUUGGUGCUGAUUGCUGAUCCCAGCACGCUAGACUGCAUAUUACAUUUUAUUUAAUUUUUAUUUGUGCGGCAUAACGUGCCGAACCUAUGCAUUUGUAGUUUAACUGUGCGCUACGUUGUCACGGGCAUAUAGAACUAGGAAGAACUAUUUAAAUAAACGUAAUUAAAAGUAUUGAAAA